GAAAAUUGACUACUUAGAACAUGUGUCAAUAUAUAUCCAUGUCCCCUCUAAUGCAUAGGGGUAAUAGAGGCAAGCCAAACCCUCCAUCACAAAAUAAGACACUCAAUAAUUCCUUCAAAAGCAGACAAAAAUGGAGAAGGAACAAGAUGUCCGUCCCUGACUCACAUAUCAAUGUAACUGAUAAGGAUUCAACCCAAACAAUAGGACCAACAAAUACCCACCUAUCAUCUUUACCCACUCCUUCACUCACACCAUGUUAGCAAACUCCAAACGCAUCAAAACUGAUUCUGAUUCCUUUUGGAAUAUUUGGAAUGAAAACAGUAGCAACAAGAAAAAGAAUGAGAAGAAGAAGAAGAAGCAUUUCCCAGUUAGUAAAUUUCUCCACAACAACCCCAAGAAGGCAGAGGAAAUAGUGUUGGGCCCAGGAGGUGGUGUUGGGAUUGGGUGUGGUGUUGGAUUGGGCUUUGGAUUGGUUGGGGGAGUUGGCUAUGGUGGCUGGCCCUGGAACCAUUUGCAGCUGGUUAUUGGGAUUGGAAUUGGUUGUGGUGUUGGUGUUGGGUUCGGAUAUGGGCAAGGGAUUGGAUAUGGCUUUAGUUUGGAGUCCUUAGAGUCAUACUUGUCUAAGCAGAGCUCUUCAGAUUCAAAGAAGAGAGUUGUAAUUGAGAUAUGAAGAGCAUUGAGCAAGUUUUCAUCUAACAUUUCCAA